GAAACAGAAGUUGUAACAGUUGGGAGUGGAUAUUGGGGAUUGGAGGUAGAGAAGAGAAGAUAAGAGAAUGAUUUCAUCAUUAUCAUUAUUAUGUAGCUGUAGUAUGAUUACAACGCGAUUCAAAUGGAGGGCGAGGGCUUUCCAAAAAAGCCCUAAUGUUGAAACUACGCUCAAGGUGCUCCAGUGGGACUCGCUCUGCGAUUCCGUCGCUUCAUUUUCCGGCACCUCCUUCGGCCGCCAAGCCACCAAGGCAGAGUUAUGGCGUUUGGAUCAGUCAUACCAACAGAGUUUGAGGCUGUUGGAAGAGACUAACGCUGCCGUUGAAAUGCACAAACACGGUGGCUGUGUCAUGGAUUUCACCUCCAUCGAUCUCGCGUUGGUCAAGUCUGCAAUACAGCAUGCUCACAGGGGCUUUCCUCUUGAUGGAGUCGAAGCAAUAGCCCUUGCAGCCAUGCUACACUUGGCUGACUCAUUGCAGGUUACUCUUAAAGAGGCAAUAAAGGAAGACUCAGACUGGCUACAGCGUUUCAUGCCUGUUGCUGAAAUGAUCAUGGAUAUGCCUGUUAGUCACCCACUCAUAAAGUUCAUACAAAAACUUGUAGACGAAGAUGGCUCUGUAAAAGAUUCUGCGAGUCCUGCCUUGAAACGAUCUCGUGAACAAGUGCGGUUGCUUGAAAGAAAGUUAUACCAGUUGAUGGAAAGUCUAAUCAGUAAGGAGAUGAAAGAAACAUCAUCUGUGGAAGUAAGCAACACUGAUGGAAGAUGGUGUAUAAAAUCCGGAACUGACAUAAAAAAAAGCUUUGACGGUCUAUUGUUAUCAAGUGGUUCAGGCACAGGAAGCCUUGUGGAACCACUUUCUGCUGUUCCAUUGAAUGAUGAGUUGCAACAGGCAAGAGCUUCGGUAACCAAGGCUGAGGCUGAUGUGCUUUUGCAAAUAACACACAAGAUGCAAACAGAUAUUGAGGACAUUGAAAAUCUGUUCAAUGCGAUAAUCCAAUUAGAUGUGAUCAAUGCUCGGGCGACAUAUAGUAUUUCAUUUGGUGGCACUUAUCCGGAUCUAAUUUUAUCCUCUGAGGAACAAGCGAAAUGGAAAUUGUUUCUGCCAAAAGCUUAUCAUCCUUUGUUACUUCAACAACACCGACAAAAAUUGCACAAUGCUAUGAAGGAUGUCAGUGAAGCUACUGCUGAAAUUAGAAGGAGAAGGCAGCAGGUAGGGAUUGCCACUCAGAGAGAGGAAGAAACAUAUGCAAGGCUCUCCUCUUUAGAAAGCCAGGUUGCAACAUUAAAACAAUCGUCCCCUGUUCCUGUAGAUAUAUGUGUUGCGCAGAAAACAAGAGUUCUGGUCAUAACUGGCCCAAACACUGGGGGAAAGACCAUUUUAUUAAAGACAGUAGGGUUGGCUGCUAUGAUGGCAAAAUCAGGACUUUUUGUGCUGUCAUCUGAACCUGUGAGGAUGCCAUGGUUUGAUUAUGUGUUUGCGGAUAUCGGUGAUGAACAAUCCCUGUCUCAGUCUUUGUCUACCUUUUCCGGCCAUUUGAAACAAACUAGUGACAUACUCUCAAGUUCAUCAAGUCGGUCAUUAGUGCUCUUAGAUGAGGUUGGUGCUGGUACAAAUCCUCUAGAAGGAGCCGCUUUGGGAAUGUCACUCCUGGAAUGCUUUGCUGAAUCUGGAGCAUUGCUCACAAUGGCUACCACCCAUCAUGGUGAACUUAAAACCCUCAAGUACAGCAACGAUGCGUUUGACAAUGCAUGCAUGGAGUUUGAUGAAGCCAACCUGAAACCCACAUACAGAGUUCUUUGGGGAAUUCCAGGGCGGUCUAAUGCAAUAAACAUAGCUGAAAGGCUAGGACUCCCUAAUGUGGUUGUAGAAAAUGCUCGUGACCUUCAUGGAACGGCUAGUGCAGAGAUUAAUCAGGUUAUAGAAGAUAUGGAGAAUUUGAAGCAGAAAGUUGAUGAGCAUAUUCAUGAAGCGCGCAAUCAUCUAAGACUUGGUAGGGAACUUUACAGAAAACUAGUUAUUAGCGAGGGUAGGAUAAGGGAACAUGGCAGCAGUCUUAAAUACAGAAAAAUCCAAGAAAUAUCAGAAGCCGGAAAAGUAGCGCGUUCAAUACUUCACAAGAGAGUGAGGCAGCGUCGUGCAUCCCCAACCUCAAAUUUAGCAGCUGCUUCUAAGCCAGAAAAUGAAAAUGAGCGUAUGCUGGCAUCCUUUACGAGCGGUCAGUCUACUACACGUACAGAAAAAGAUACAGCAGCAGUAAUGUUGAAUGACAAGCAGCAGCCAUCAGGAAAAAUUGUCAAGUCAGGUGAUACGGUGCAUGUUUCUAAAUUUAACAAGAAAGCAACCGUACUGAAAGUAGAUCCUUCUAAGCAAGAAAUACUAGUUCAGUUGGGGAACAUCAAGAUGAAGUUGACGCUAGCGGAUAUUUUGAUUUGACAGGAAUCUGCACCAAUUAGACACAUCUGUUUUCUUAGUUUUCAUAUAUGGCUUUCAACUUCAUAAACAUUUAAUUGGACAAUGCAAUGUGCAUAUACAAAAAGUAAUAUAGCUCCAGUUGAAUCAAGUGAUUAAAACCAAAA